AUGAAUAUUGGUAGUUUCCAUGGUGAAAACAGUAUCCACAUUUUAAAUCGAAUAAUUAUCCAGACACCUGCUAAUGAUGAAGUAUCAUUUAAUGUGAAUCAAUGUGUAACUGAUUUAUGUCAACGUAUUGUGGCUGAACGUAGUGUGAAUUCAAUUUUUGAUCCAACAAUAUUACCAGUUAUACCAUCUGAUUUAACAACAACGACGGCAACAUCGACAGCAACAUCAACCUUAAAUUUACCAUUGCUGUCUGGAUUUUGUACUGUUUAUUUACCACACAUCGACCGUCCAUUAGCAAAAAUAACAUUCAUGCCACCGAUCAAUGAAGAUCCAAAUGCAUUAUCAACAUCCCAAUCUUGCCUUCAAGCAAUAAAAGCGUCGUUUAUUGAUUCUAAUUAUCAAGAAGAAGCAGUCGUCGUAGCAAAACGAUUGGACCCAAUUGAUAAUAAAUCAAUCUUCGUUUAUCCUGAUGAUUUUCAUACGAUGAAGAACUUUAUGAUUGUGAUAUGGGAUGUAUUGAAUGGAAGUGGAAUUGAGGAUGCGUUCGGUCUUAUAUACAAAGCUGCAGCCCACCGUGCCAUGCUGAACGUCCACAAUUUCAAUUAUUCUCUUCGGCCUUGCAAGCUCCUGUACACGGCAUUAGCAAUGUUAUUCAUCGAAUCCUUCGUGAAAACAUCAGUAACAUCAGCAAGGAUCAUCGACGAUUUGAAAAAAACACUCGCAAACAUUCCAUCGGAUUAUGCUGUCACAAAUAUCAAACAACAAUGGUUUACAACAAUGAUAAUUCAAAUAAAAAAAUUGGAUUUAACAAAUGUUAUGAACAAUUGGGCAAUAGAACAAGGCAAAACAAAUUUAUCAUUUAAAUUCUGGUAUUUUAUUUAUCAAAAACUGUUACAACCAUUAAUAUUGCUUUAUAUGUCAAUUAGGUUGUCAAAUUUUAAUGGUCGAAAUGCUGCUUUAACAUCGACGGCACCUAUAUUUUUUUCUACCAGUCAUCGAAAUUAUGCAAGAUUAUGUGCACAGCAUUUAAUGGAUUUACGAUCAAGUUCCAAUUAUUUAUUUAGACGAUUAGAACAAUCGUUUGCUGUAUAUUUAUAUUUAUUUUUUAAGUAUAAAUGA